AUGCUUGGCAAGACUUUGUGUUUUUGCAGUGUAGGAUGUGUUAGGAUUUAAACAGAGAGCAAAAUGAUGAAGCUGGAUGUAGUAAGAAACAGAAAACAGCAGCAGAAUGCAAAUGAGUGGAGGAAGGUGUAGCGGGAUGCAGCUGGAAGUAUUUUCUCACAGUGAGAUGCAACAAAAUGAAGGGAUAUGCAGCAGGAUGCAGGAGCCUGAUGUUGGGUAUAAACCUUUGACAUAAGCCUGGUGCAACAAGCAAUAAAUCAAUUAAUUGCAUGAUGAAUUAAGAUGAGUGCAAUAAUUUUUUUUUUCUUGAUUGUUUUUCUUGUCUCUCUUUUUCUACUAAAGACUAGAUGACAAAAAGGUUCGGUCUGGUGCUUCGGUCUCAACUAGUCCCGGUUUUAAUGGUUUGUGCAGGGUGUCAGAGGAAGUGAUGUCGGAGCAGCAGCAUGACAGUCAGGCGUCAGCGCCGGUGUACGUGUACGAAUCCAAGGUGCACUGUGCCAACGUGCUGCUGAGCCUGGAGGAACAGCGGCGGCGGGGGCUCCUCUGUGAUGUCACGGUGCUGGUGGAGGGCAGGGAGGUCCGGGCCCACCGGGCCGUCCUGGCUGCCAGCAGCAGCUACUUCCUACAGGUCCUGCUGGGACACAGCGAGUCGCCAGGCAGCGCUGAACCCAUCAUCAGCCUGCCAGACAAGGUGACAGCUAAUGGUUUUGCUCCGCUGCUCCAGUUCGCCUACACCGCCAAGCUGGUGUUAAGUCAAGAAAACAUCCAUGAGGUCAUUCGGUGUGCCGACCUCCUUGGUGUGCACAACUUGGAGGAUUCCUGCUUCCAGUUUCUUCAGGCUCAGUUGGAGAGUGACGGACAGCACUCCAGAAAUUGCAAGGUGCAAUACGAUGAAGAGGAUACCGUCUUUUCCCAAGACGUUUCCUUUGAUAGCGGUUCAGAGACAAAGAAGGAAAGCUCUCUAACAGCUGAUGCUGCUUCUCCUCAUGAAGAUCUUCCACAAAGUCCAAAGUCCUGGAAGUACCAGGAACAGGUUUGCGAUGACAAGCACAAUGGAUUAGGUCAACAGACCAUUCCCACUCUAACCAGUUCAGAGUCGACAGACUCCGGUGCUGCUCCCCAGACCCUUCUCAACCCCUCCAGGAUUAAAGAGGAGCCCUUUGAUGAAUCAGGACACGAGAGGAACGGCUUCAACGCAGAGUUUGGUACUGAAGAGGUUCUGGAGAUGGAGCUGGAAGUGGAGGGAGUUCCAGUUGCAGAUAAGCCGUCUGCGGAUGGAGAAUUAGCCUCGUCCUGCCUGCGUUCAUACCUCCAGCGAGGCGGCCUGGAUCUUGGCACCAUGACUGGCAGCACCAUUCAGCAGCUUCUCUCCAACCAUCUGUCCAUCAGCCACUACAGGGAGCUGCUCAAAGACAGGCAGAGGAGUAAGAUGGACUCUCUAAGCCAAUCCAACCUCAACCUCAAUGAUAGAGACAUGCAGCAAUCCAAGACGUCUUCGUCUCGGUAUGAAGGCGAGCCGGACAGAUGUACCGUCAUUUUCUCCUCUGCUGCUGGUGAGCAACCUUUGUUGUCCAACAGAGAAAAAACCUCAGCCAUGGAGCAAGUGGAGACUUCCUCACCUCAUCUGACAUGCCUCACCAGCUCUCCUGUCUCCAUCAAGACAUUAGCUGCGUCUCCUGUACCAUCCGAAUCCCAAACUCAGACUCCCAGCUCCCACUCCUCAUAUCCAGAUGACAUAGCCACUGGUAGCUCGCCGUCCAGCCUGGCCUUUGACCUCUCUUCUGCCCCACAUGUCAGCUCAGUCUCGGCUCUUCCUCAUUGUCUGGUCGGAGUGGUGGAAGCCCGGACGCCACUCAGAAGUGAGGUUGUCUUCAGCCAGGGCCACAUCAAGAUCAAAAGUGAGCAGGAGUUUGGUACCAGUGGAGGAAACUCCAGCGAUGAGUCCGAAUCAUUCUCAGAAGAUGACAGUGAAGGUGGAUCCAGAGUCUCUGGCCCUGAGGUGAAGCUGCCGUUCCCUGUGGAUCAGAUCUCCAACCUGCCUCGCAACGACUUCCAGGUCCUCAUCAAGAUGCACAAACUGACCUCAGAGCAGCUGGAGUUCAUCCAUGACAUCCGGAGGCGCAGCAAAAACCGGAUCGCUGCUCAGCGCUGCCGCAAGAGGAAGCUGGACUGCAUUCAGAACCUGGAGAUGGAGAUCCGAAAACUGGUGUCCGAGAAGGAGAAGCUGCUGAGUGAGAGGAACCAGCUGCAGGUCUGCAUGUCCGAGCUCUGGCAGAACCUCUCCUUCCUCUCGCAGCAGGUGUGCAGAGAGGUCCAAACCAACCAGACUCCGCCCGCCUCCACCACCAUCGACCUCACCUCAGAUUCUUCAGACCAGGAUCCCGUGAAACCCAGAUCCGGCAUGGUUGGCGAGAACUCUGAAGAGCUGGAGAGCAGACGGAAAGUCCAGGACGUGUUCGGUCGGAAGGAGCAGAACUCAGACGGUCCAGUGGUUCUGGUAUCCAGUGAGGAAUUGUGUAGCCCCACAGUGACAGUGGAUUUCUGUCAGGAGAUGACGGUGAAGUGCACAACGGAAGAGCCGGACACGCAGGACUCGUCUUGAGCAGAACUGGUUUGUUUACCUGUCUGACACACCUGUGAUCUCAUUAGUACUAAUGGAGGUGGGCUUUUUUUUAUUUGGACAGGUGAGAAUGAGCAAGUCGGCAGCUUAUUUCCUAUUUUUAAACGAUCCAUUCUCCCGUUUAUCUCGUUUUGUUUUCUCAGGAAAUGUACAAACUGUUCAGUUUUCUCCUCCUUAACUUCUCUUUAAGUAUAACAAAAAUAAGUGUAACUGGUUUAACCUGAGGACCAAACCAGAUUCUGUAAAGGUGAGGAAGCCUCAGAGCUGCAUGUAGGUCUAAAAAGAAAACCAGUUUAAAACCAGUGAGAGCUGCUGUUUACAAAACGAUUCAACUUUGACCUGCUGAUGUCUGUCAAAGAGGUUCCAGCUGUUGGUGGAGCAGUUUUCUUGGAAAACAUGGAGGUACUGACAUAUACACUGCAAAACAACAACAUUUUACAAGGUAUUUUGGUCUAGUUUUUAGUACAAAAACUUUAGUACAAGUAAGAUAAGAUAAAACUAACUUACAAGUACAUUUUCAGCAGGAAAUAGGUCAGUAAUUCUUUAAAGUUAAUGAAAAAGUUCUAGUUUCACUGGUAGAUUAUUUCACUUAUAACAAUACAUUUGCCCCAUGUUAUAAGUGAAAUAAUCUGCCAGUGGAAAUAGUACUUUUCCCAUCAACAUUACGGAAGUAUUCACCUAAACAAGCUCCUGUUUCUUGAUGAAAAGUUACUUGUAAGUUAGUUUUGUCUUGCAUGAGGAGCUAGACAAAAAAAAAUCUUGGUAAGAUUUUGUGUUUUUGCAGUGAUACUAGCACAAUAGAUUGAAUCAAAUUCUGCCUACUUCCAUUUUGUAUUUGUAAACAAACAGACCGAUUUAAACUGAUCAAAAGUCAGUUUACUUUUCAUUAUUGUUAAAUAUUUUCAUGAAUUAUAGAGUUUGAAAAUGUGAAUUUUGGUCUGUAACUUCAUCCCAAUUUGGACCAAAAGGUUCUUAUAAAAUAUGCCACGUUAA